AUGGAUCUUACCUGGUUUGUAUCCCUGCUCCUGGCUCUGAUCAUUUCAUGGUUUAUCUACUCCACAUGGGAUUCCAUAUACAGAAGACGUAACUUACCUCCAGGACCUACACCCUUGCCUAUUGUUGGAAAUGUCCUUCAAAUAAAGAGAGGAGAGAUGGUCAAAUCCUUGAUGGAGUUUAGAGAUAAAUAUGGCUCAGUAUACACGGUAUAUUUUGGACAUAAUCCAAUAGUUGUCCUUUGUGGUUACGAUGCUGUCAAGGAAGCAUUAAUUGACCGAGCAGAGGAAUUUAGUGGUCGUGGAAGGCUUCCUACUACUGAUCAAUAUGUGCAAGGAUAUGGUGUAAUUUUUAGCAAUGGUCCUCGGUGGAGAGAUUUGCGCAGAUUUUCACUUACAAUUCUAAGAAAUUUUGGCAUGGGAAAGAAGACUAUUGAAGAAAGGAUCCAAGAAGAAGCCCAUUUUCUUAUGGCAGAGAUCAGAACACAAAAAGAACAGUUCAUCGACCCAACUAGAUUUCUGGUUCAAGCCGUCUCAAAUAUAAUUUGCUCCAUUGUGUUUGGAAACCGGUUUGAAUACAGUAAUGACAGUUUCCAGAAACUCCUGACCAUGUUCGCGGCAGUGUUCAAGGAUAUGAGUAGUCAGUGUGGACAGUUGCUUGAAAUGCUGCCAUCAAUCAUGAACUAUGUACCCGGACCACACAAGAGAAUAAUGAAAAGCCUCCAAAGACUUGGCGAUUUCAUCUUAGAACGAGUAAAGAUGAAUGAGGAGACGUUUGAUCCCGACUCACCCAGAGACUUCAUCGAUUGCUUCCUCCUCAAGCAGCAGCAGGAAAAGGACAAUCCUUACUUUGACAGGAAAAACAUGAGAAUGACCAUACUGAACUUGUUUUUUGCCGGGACAGAAACAGUCAGCACUACCUUAAGACAUGGACUCCUGAUACUUAUGAGAUACCCUGAAAUACAAGCUAAACUGCAUGCAGAAAUAGACCGUGUGAUUGGUGAAAAUCGCAUCCCAAAUACUGAUGACCGCAAUAAUAUGCCAUAUAUGAAUGCUGUAAUACAUGAGAUCCAGAGGUUUAGUGAUAUCCUGCCACUGAAUGUUCCCCAUACAACAACAAGAGAUGUUUAUUUCAAGGGAUACACUAUACCAAAGGGCACAGAUGUCUAUCCAUUGUUGUGCACUGUACAUCAAGACCCCACAAAGCUUGUCUGCCCCAGCAAGUUUGAUCCUAACAAUUUCUUAGACAACAAAGGAUGUUUUAAGAAGAAUGACGUCUACAUGCCAUUUUCUGCAGGGAAGCGGAUUUGUCUCGGAGAAGGUCUGGCCAAGAUGGAGCUGUUCAUUUUCUUAACAACCAUAUUACAGAACUUCAGGCUAUCUCCUGAGAAGCAAGUCACAGAGGAAGACAUCAAACCCCUAAUGGCUGGGUUUGCAAAUAUUCCCAAAAAUUAUCGGAUGUCAUUCAUUCCCCGCAUUUAAUUUCGGAUAUGGUGAUAUGCAGUGUUAUUUCAAAUGCUUUAACAA